GGAACAAGAACAAUGGCUGUUCUUCUGCUCAGCUUGGUUCUCCUCCUAGGACCGUCUCGAGCCUUCGACACCCUGGCUCCAGCCCAGUUCGGACCCCCUUCUCUCGGGUUCAGCUCCUCGGUCCGCUCGGUGUGUAAACCCAUCCCGAGCACCUUGUCCCUGUGCCAGGGGAUCGGCUACAGGAGCAUGUGGCUCCCCAACCUGCUGGGCCACGACUCCCUGAGGGAGGCGCAGCAGCAGUCGGCGCCCUGGCUGCCGCUCGUCUCCAAGCGGUGCCACCGGGACACCAAGAAGUUCCUGUGCUCCAUGUUCGCCCCCGUGUGCCUGCCGGAGCUCAGCGGGCCCGUCAGCCCCUGUAGGAGCCUGUGCGAGGCCGUGCGCGACGGCUGCGUGCCCGUCAUGAGCGCAUUCGGCUUCCCCUGGCCCGAGAUGCUCAACUGCAGCCGGUUCCCGAGCGGAACCGAGCUGUGCAUCCCGGAGGGGCGGACGGAGGAGGAGGUCCGGCAUGAGGAGGAGCUCAAAGAGAGUGUUAUCUGUGAUGUCUGUAGCCUGACUGAUGAAGGAGAGACUGACAUCCAGGACAACUUCUGCCACAGUCCAUAUGCCUUAAAGAUGCGUCUGGGCAGCAUGUCAACAGUGGGGGGCGACCGUCAGCUGGUCCCUCUGGCCCGCAGUCGCAUCCUGAGGUGGGCAGGGGGAGGUGCAGAAAACGCAGAGCAUUAUGGAGGUGCAGUGACCCACAGGGCGUUGUGGCUGCAAGAAGGAGACAGCUGUACGUGUCCUGGUUUAGAUUCUUUAGAUGUGAACAAAAGCACGGAGCUUGAAGAGGAGAAAGUAGAUAAAAGACCAGUGAAGGAAGGAGGGAAGGUGAGGAAUCGGGUCUACAGCGCAUGGUUCUUGGCCCUGGCUCAGGCUGAAGAAGGAAGACUUGUGUUGACUCGACUUGUCAGGUGGACCAGAGGGGACAAAGAGCUGAAGAAGUUCCUCAGAGUUCUUCUUAAAAAAGCCUGUCCAGACAUUUAAGCAGCGUGUCAUGAGUCAUGAAACCACAUACUGCUAGUAACAAAAUCCAACACUGCGAACAAAACCGUGAA